AUGCAACGGCUACGCGACCUGUUCAACGGCGCUUUCUCAAAACUGUCACCGAUACGAAGAAUACGUCGAAAACGCGCCUUCCGACUUCUGGAUCUUCCUUCCGUUCCUCUCUUGAAAUGUCUGGGAAUGUUCGGCAUUAUUGAGCGGUAAGCGGAGCCUUCCAAUUUAAAUAAAAUAUUCGAUUUUCAAUUCUCAGAUGUAGCUUCUCGAAAUGCUCAAAGACCGCAAAGGCAGCUCUCAUGUCAUUGAAGAAGGAAAUCAAUUUUUUUAUGGCUUAUGCUCAAGUUCCAUUCAGAAUUGUAGUUGGUUUCGGAGUGAAUCUAAACGAUGAUUAUACGUUGCAUAUUGGUCAACUUGAAGAUUUGAAUGAUCUGAAAAUGGGAGUGGAAAGACCUCAAUCUUAUUGGAAAGUACGGCAAUCGGAGCUGUUAGCAGAAGUGGAGCACUACAAAGAAGCUCUGCGAACUCCUUUGAAAGGGAUUGUAAUAAGUUAUGAUCACUUUCAAAAGGGAGUUCGGGACAUUAUUAAUCACGUCAAUCGCCAGAAUUUCGUACUUGAUCUAUUCGAAAUCCUCGGUGAAUGUCCGAAUGAAGAAGAUGCUCGGUUCAUUCUAGACAACUGUAAGGCCACCCAUCACAUUUUUUUGACCUUCAAUCUUCCGCGAGACUUUCGGUAUCAAGUCAACCUAGUUGCAAGUAGUUUGACGUGUCGCUUUUCACACUGGUUAACAAUUGACAAUAUCAUCUCGAUGGACUGUGCGAUCAUCCAGCUGGAACAUGCAGAGUUCACACAACAAGACCUCAACCGAUUCGUCAAGCUCUGGAUGGCUGGAGCGAAUCCCCGUUUGGAGAAUUUGUUUAUAUUCAGGAAUAUUCGAGCAAACGUGAUGGUUAAUGAAUUGGACUUAGUGGACGGUGUUCAAUUCCUCAGAAUUGAUAAACUUGUCAAACGACAUUAUUUAGUGUGAGUUCACAAAUAAUCUUUAGCUCUGAGGUCUCCGAGUAUUGUUCAUUUUUCAGGAAAGAAAAUGCAAUGCCGCCGAUCAAGAGGAUUUGUUCGGGUGGGCUGGACAUUGUGAGGCAAGAUGGUGUGGAAGCGACGAUCGAGAGUUAUCCUUGCGACGGACUGGACAUGCACGCGUUCAAUUUCAUUGUUUGGCCUCAUUCAUCUUCCGAGUGGUUGGAGAUGGUCCACUCUUCUUAA